UUCGAUUCGAUUUUGCAAUUUGAUGGUUUGAUUGUCGAGCAAUACUGAUAAGUGAUAACUCCUUGUCUGCUUACCGUUCUAAAACCUCAGCGCUGUUAUUUCCAAUUUCUCUAAAACCCCUCCAUCUCAUAGUCUCACACACAGAUAUAUAUAUAUAUACCCUCAUAUAAUAACAUAUAUAUUACAAGGCUAGAAUUCUUCACUUCUGUUGAUCAGUUUCAUUUCCAAACUCUUAACUAGUAGGGUGCUGGGAAUGUGACUUCAGUUUUCUUUCUCAAAGAGAGGAAAACUCGAUGAUGGCUUCUAGGGCAAUAUUGAGGAGGAGAAAGAAUAUUCCUGUUCGAUCAAUUCAAAGUUACCGAACUUUGGGUCUGGAGCAAUCUAGUCAGCUUUCAGAUUCUUGUGGUUUCAGAUCUGUUGCAAACCACUUCUCUCGAGGUUCAGAUAAUUCAGAAUCUAAUACUGAAGCUUCAGUUUUCAGGCAAUUGUUGAAUCUUUCAACAUUAGGCUUUUUUAGGAAUAAAGCUUAUGGAAUUACAUUUCGCCAUUAUGGAAAUGGAAGGAUAGAUUUUAAAUCCCAUGUAGGGGUCAGGUUAAUGUUACAACCUGUACGAUAUGCCUCUACAGCAACUGCAAAUCAGCCUGAUUUUGGAAGUGAUAAUGAAGAUGAUGAGAUAUUGGUUACCAAAAAGAGAAAGGAAGCAUCUCCAGAGGAAUGUGAUCAAGCUGUUGUAGGUCUAAGCACUGCAAAGGCCAAAGCAAAAGCUAAACAGCUAGAAGAACCUCAGAAGGUUGCAAAAUCCAUUUUGUGGAGGCUGUGGGCUAGGCUUCUGGGAAUCGGUCCAGCUUUUAGAGCUGUCAUUUCAAUGAGCAGGGAAGACUGGGCUAAAAAAAUUUUGCACUGGAAAAAUGAGUCUGUAUCGACGCUGCAGCAUUACUGGUUGGGCUGUAAGCUUCUAUGGGCUGAUGUGAGAAUAAGUUCAAGAUUGUUGCUGAAACUUGCUGGUGGAAAGAGUCUCUCUAGAAGGGAGAGGCAACAGCUUACCCGAACGACUGCUGAUAUUUUUAGGCUAGUUCCAUUUGCUGUUUUUAUCAUAGUCCCAUUCAUGGAAUUCUUGUUGCCUGUCUUUCUGAAGCUUUUUCCUAACAUGUUACCAUCAACCUUCCAAGACAAGAUGAAAGAAGAGGAAGCAUUGAAAAGGCAGCUAAUUGCCAGAAUUGAGUAUGCAAAGUUUCUUCAAGACACAGUCAAAGAAAUGGCAAAGGAAGUUCAAAAUUCACGAAAAGGGGAGAUUAAGAAAACUGCUGAGGACCUCGAUGAAUUUCUCGACCGGGUUAGAACAGGUGCUGGUGUCUCAAAUGAUGAAAUCUUGGGUUUUGCUAAGUUGUUCAAUGAUGCACUCACACUAGAUAAUAUCAGCAGGCCUCGGUUAGUCAAUAUGUGCAAGUAUAUGGGAAUUAGUUCUAUAGGAACAGAUGCUUACUUGCGCUAUAUGCUUAGAAAGAGAUUGCAAAGGAUUAUGAAUGAUGACAUAUUAAUUCAAUCAGAGGGCUUGGAGUCUCUGUCAGAAGCUGAGCUUCGUGAAGAAUGUAGAGAGCGAGGAAUGCUUGGACUACUUUCAGUAGAAGAAAUGCGUCAACAGCUGCGUGAUUGGCUAGAUUUAUCACUGAAUCACUCUGUUCCAUCAUCACUUUUGAUUCUUUCCAGAGCCUUCACAGUAUCAGGAAAGUUGAGGCCAGAGGAAGCCGUUGGAGCUACACUCUCUUCUCUCCCAGAUGAGGUUGUGGAUACUGUUGGCAUGGAAAAGUUGUCAUCUGAAGAUUCUGUUGCAGAAAGGAGAAGGAAAUUGGAUUUCCUUGAAAUGCAAGAGGAACUUAUCAAGGAGGAGGAAGUGAAAAAUGAAGAAGAGCGAGCUGCAAAGAAAAAAUCUGCUGAUAGUGAAGAUGAUGUUGCUUUGAAGGAGAUGACCACUCCAACUGCGAGAGAAGCACGAGAGCAAGCUAGAGCAAGAGCCCUGGACAAGUGCGAGCAGCUUUGUGAACUUAGCCGUGCAUUAGCUGUCUUAGCUUCUGCUUCUUCAGUGAGCAGGGAGCGUGAAGAAUUCCUAAGGCUUGUCAAUAAAGAGAUUGAACUUUAUAAUAGCAUGGUGGAUGGAGAUGGUAUAGAUGGUAAAGUAGAGGCAAUGAAGGCAUAUAAAGCUGCUUGUGAUGGCGAUGAUGAAAUUCCUGAGCAUGACAAGGUUUCAUCUGCUCUCACAGAUAAGGUUGAUACUAUGCUUCAAAGGCUCGAGAAAGAAAUUGAUGAUGUGGAUAUAAAGAUUGGUGAUCACUGGCGAGUACUUGACAGAGAUUAUGAUGGUAAAGUGACUCCUGAGGAGGUGGCUGCUGCAGCUAUGUACUUGAAAGACACUUUAGGCAAGGAUGGGGUUCAAGAACUAAUCAACAACCUUUCCAAAGACUCAGAUGGAAAGAUCCUUGUUGAAGACAUAGUGAGGUUGGGCAGUCGAGUUGAAGAUGGAUGUACCGAUGCUUCUGGGAAGAUGUAGACGAUUUUGCUUUGCAUUAAUGGGAUUUUACCAUUGUAGUUAAAUGUGAGAGAUAUCUUUAGGCACAAAUUGCCAUCUGAUAAAUGAGAUUGGCUUACUAGUCGUGUAUAUAUUAUGCCAAUAGAAAAACAGAAGCAUCUAUAUCCAAUUUUUAUUAGUUCUUGAUUUGUGUUAAUGCAUCUUGAUGGAGCGAUAUUCAAUAAGACGCAUAAAUUCCGACUAUCUUAAUUUA